UCAGUAGGAAGCCUCCAGCUGAUGGCGAGAGAGGACACUGGUGUCCUGGGAGUAGGCUCUGCGGGAAGUUGGAGAUGUGUAUCUAGAGGGGCAUUGCGACCCCUUGCCACUUGCCCCUCCACUCACCCACGGAGGUCCUCUCCACGCACCCAGGACUCACCUACGCUGCCUUGGGGUAGGAAAAAGUGUCUCCUCAGCCACAGCUUCUGGCCUUCCCAGAGUCGUUCCAAAGUAGGGCCUUGGAGCAGCUGGGGAUGGGUACCAAGAAUGAAAGCCCAGAACCGGACUGCCAGGAACAGUUCCAGGCCGCAGUCAGAGUCAUUCAGAACCUGCCUAAGAACAGUAAGGGCUAUUACCGCCCCUCCUAUGAAGAGAUGCUGCGAUUCUACAGCUACUACAAACAGGCUACCAUGGGGCCUUGCCUGGCCCCCCGGCCUGGGUUCUGGGACCCCAUUGGACGAUAUAAGUGGGAUGCCUGGAACAGCCUGGGCAAGAUGAGCAGGGAGGAGGCCAUGUCCGCCUACAUCACUGAGAUGAAGGUGGUGGCACAGAAGGUGAUUGAUACAGUACCACUGGGUGAGGUGGCAGAUGACAUAUUUGGUUACUUCGAACCCCUGUAUCGGCUGAUCCCUGACAUGCCAAGGCCUCCGGAAACCUUCCUGAGAAGGGUCACAGGUUGUAACGAGCAGGUACUGAAUGGAGAUGCUGGGGCUGCCCCAGAGCCUCCCUGCCUCCCCAAGGAACCAGCACCCCCAAGCCCAGAGUCCCAGCCACUCAGGGACCUGGACUCUGAAGUUUUCUGUGAUUCCCUGGAGCAGCUGGAGCCUGAGCUGCAGGUUUGGGGAGAGCAGAGGAGUGCUUCUGGAGGAGAGCCUGAUACAAGAAACAACCCUGUGCCCCCCACAGGGAAAGAGGAGUCGAAGGGCAGCCUGCCGGCGUCCCAGGAAUUGGACAUGUGGCUGUUGGGGACAGUUCGAGCACUGCAGGAGAGCAUGAGGGAUGUCCAGGGGAGACUGAAAAGCCUGGAGAGCAUGCCUUGUCCCCCCAAGCAGAUGAAGAAACUAAGGCUCUAUGAGGUUGAGUAACUUACCUGAGGGCACACAGCCUGGAAGAACCUCAGAGCUGCUGUGAGGAUUAGAUGAGAUACUGCAUGUAGGUACCUCCCCAGUGCCCAACACACAAGAAGGUCUGCAAUGGAGUUCACUGUUCUUGUUAGAGCUGGGAGUGGCCCUAGGUCUAUCUCUCCCCCAAAGCUGGCACCAUUAACUCUUGAGAGGGUCUGUUGAGAGGCCUGGGGUUGUGGAGGCAGGCGAGGGCUGAGUUGCUGGAUGUGGGGGAGUCACUUAGGUGACCUCUAACCCCCUUGGCAUAGUGUCAAUCAGGGUGGCAGGAAUUUGCUCACAUCCACAGUGGCUAACAUUUCAACGCCCCCCCACUCCAGGCUUUAUUUGUUUACUUUUUACUAAUUUUAUAUGCUGAGGAUUUCAAAGAUUUCUACCCUGAGAUACUUGGAUUUACAUCUCUAAAAAUAAGAACAUUAUACUACCUAAUUUUAUCACAUACAAUAAUUCCUUCAUAUCAUCAAAUAGCCAAUACAAACUCAAAUCUCUCCAGUUGUCCCUAAAUUGCCUUUUUCCAGAUGCUGUCUGUCCAUCCCAGGAGCACAUGCUGCAUCUGGUUUCUCUCUCCUUUUAAGACUUUUAAUUCAGCCCUGUUGCUUUUCCUUGCUACGGAGAUGGGCCAGUGGUCCUGUAGAAAUGUUCCACUUUUUGGGUCUAUCUAUAUCCUGGUGGCUAGUUUUACAUGACCGGAUUUCAUCAGAGGUGAUGUCCUUCACAUAAUGGGGCACAUAUCUGGAUGUCCCACCAUUAUUCUUACAUGGACCACCAGCAUGGAUAAAGGGGUGACAGUCAGGUCUUACCAUCAUAAUGUCAUGUUUUCCUCUUGCAGCCAGGGAUUGUCCAGUACCCUGUCUAGCCCAUUUCCUGUAUAGAUUUUGACAACAAUUGAUAAUCCUUGCCUGGAUUGAUAAUUUAUUUGGUGAUUACAAAAAUUUGACUUUAAAAUUCUAUUAUUCCUUUAACAUUUAUUAGCUGUUAUUUUUCUGUAGUUUCCUUGAUCAUUUAGGAUUUCUCUGAAAUAUAAUGCCUUAUGAAAAGGCAGAAUAA